UCUUCUCUACUGAUAGUUGUAAGUUUUUGCUCAAGAGGUGAAAAUGGAGAAGCCCAUCGGUCUUUUUGUUGUCACAUUUCUCUCCUUCUUGUUAAAUCAAUCAAUGGCCAUUGUGGGAAGGUACAAUGUUCUGGAAUUGGGAGCAAAGGCUGACGGGAAUACAGAUUCAACCGAGUCUCUGUUGAGUGCAUGGGCAGCAGCUUGUGGCUCUUCCAAACCAUCCACAAUUCUUGUACCAAAAGGGAGGUUUUUAGUCAAGCGAGUACAAUUCUCUGGACCAUGCAAGAAUAAAGUCAUAAACUUUCGAAUUCGGGGUACCCUUGUGGCUCCUUCAGAUCAUGAAGUUCUUGGAAAUGCUGGUUACUGGCUUCACUUUCAGAAUGUUGAUGGAGUCACCAUUCAUGGUGGCAUUCUGGAUGCUCGAGGUGCUGGUCUCUGGGCUUGCAAAGCAGCCGGGAAUGGGUGUUCUAGCGGCGGCGCGACGACGCUAGGAUUCACCAACUCAAACAACAUUGCCAUUACCAGGCUCACUUCUCUCAACAGCCAAAUGUAUCACCUGGUAUUCAUCGGUUGCAAUCAAGUCAAGUUGCAAAAGAUUAAAGUUUUGGCAGCCGGAAACAGCCCCAACACGGAUGGAAUACACGUCCAGUUUUCAUCUGGGGUGGCGAUUUUGAGCUCUAGGAUCAGCACAGGAGAUGAUUGUGUCUCAAUUGGCCCUGGCACCACUAAUUUGUGGAUUGAGAAUGUUUUUUGCGGCCCCGGCCACGGCAUUAGCAUUGGGAGUCUAGCAAAAGAUUUUGAAGAAGAGGGAGUACAGAAUGUGACAGUAAAAAGAGUUAAAUUCAGGAAUACACAAAAUGGUGCAAGAAUUAAGUCAUGGGGUAGGCCAAGCAAAGGAUUCGUGAAGGAUGUCCUAUUCCAGCAUGUCACUAUGAUCAAUGUCCAAAACCCCAUUGUUAUCGACCAAAAUUAUUGCCCAAGUCACAUAAAUUGUCCUGGCCAGGUUUCGGGCGUAAAAAUAAAUGAUGUAACAUAUCGCGACAUCCAUGGAACAUCAGCAACAGAAGUUGCAGUUAAAUUUGAUUGUAGCAACAAGUAUCCAUGCAGCGCAAUAAGAUUGGAAGAUGUGAAGUUGACAUACAAAAAUCAGAAAGCUAAAUCAUCUUGUGCCAAUGCUGCUGGAACUGCACUUGGUUUGCUUGAGCCUGCAAGCUGUUUCUAGGCAAAGAUCACAAGUCAAAAAAAAAAAUGCAGAUGAUUUUGCCUCUAGAAAAAUGAAAUUGAGAGUCGAAAAGUAUGUGGAGGCUCGUUGCUAAAAGACCCUUCUCAAAUUUAUAUAGAUUAGAUCUUGCUUGGGCCUGUGGUGUUGGCAUAUGUUCGUUGUUCGCCUGGACAUGCAAGAAUCUUGAUGAGUAGUAAGUAACAAUACCAUUGGAGGGUUAUGAUGACUGAUUUCGUAUUUUGGAAUGAAUUUUGAUUUUGAAGUA